CUUUUAUUACGGGAUUGAGAUUAAAAAAAAAUAAAAUUGAAGUUGUUGAACAACACGUUACAACACAUUUAAAAACGCUACAAAUAUUUUGAGAAAAAUAUCUCAGGACAAGAGCUGCCCAAUUUUUCCUCCAUCGAGUUGCCAGCCGCCACGUCCACCCUGGGAACCGGUAAGAAUGGGCCUUAAAGGUCCUCAAACUUAGCCGAAAUUCUGAUUCCACCCCCAAAUCUUUUUUCAACUCAUCUUUUCAAUCAAUCAAACAAGAAAAAGCACCACCAACGAGGCACCAAUUGUUCCUGCUCAAUUUAUUUUUACCAGUCUCACCACUUUCUCCUCAAUUGAUGAGAUAAAUGGACCCAAAAUUCGCCGGAAAGCCUGCACCGACGGGCCCGUACGUUCUGGGCAGGGCGGAUUUGGACCAGAUGCCCGACACACCGACCCGGAGGGCCCACCACCGCCGGGCCCAGUCCGAGACCUUCUUCCGCUUUCCCGACCUUGAAGACAUGCUCCUCGACGGAGUCCUGGCCGACUUAAACCUCGACUUCUCCGAGGCCGCCCCCAGCCUCCUCCCCGGCGGGCCUCCGCCGCCGACGCCGACGCCGCCUCCGGCCCAGCACGGCAAGGCCGGAGAGGUCAGGCCCGUGGCGGCCCAUUUGAGGAGCCUGUCGGUGGAUGCGGAUUUCUUCGACGGGCUCGGGUUGGACGGCGGCCCGCCACCAGUUGCGGUGGCGGCGACGUCUUCUGGGCCGAGGCACAAGCGGAGCAGCUCCAUGGAUGAGAACUCCAGCGGUAAUUCGUACGAGGCGGAAUCCAGUGCGAAGAAGGCUAUGGCGGCUGAUAGACUUGCGGAGCUUGCUCUGAUUGACCCCAAGAGAGCCAAAAGGAUACUUGCAAACAGACAAUCGGCUGCACGUUCGAAAGAGAGAAAAACACGAUACACGAGCGAGCUCGAGCGGAAAGUUCAGACUUUGCAGAAUGAAGCAACCACGCUCUCGGCUCAAAUUACAGUGUUGCAGAGGGAUACUAAUGGCUUGACAUCCGAGAACAAGGAACUUAAGCUCAAGUUACAGGCUAUGGAGCAGCAAGCACACCUUAGAGAUGCCCUAAAUGAGGCAUUGAAGAACGAAGUACAGUGGCUCAAGAUUGCGGCUGGCCAAGCUCCCGGUGUUCCCAAUGGAAAUGUGGGCUCAACUUCCCAAUUCUCUCCGUCAGUACAUUUCUUUUCGAAUCAACACCAACAACAGCAGUUUCAAAUGCCAAAUUCCAGCCCGAAUAACCCUAGGCCUGGUGGGCAGGCCCGGAAUAGUUCUCAGGAUUUUAAUCGGAGGGCUUAACAUAAUUAAUGUGACCAUCUUUGUAGAAACAAGAAGUUAUACCCCAUUAGGCGUAGGCUAUUGUAUAUAGGGGGGAAGAUAUGCAUACACAUAUUACAGCAUGAGGUUGUGAUGAAUGUCUGUUUAUUUGGCCUGUUAUUGACAUAAAUAUGUUUAUCUACAUUAGGGUGUAAAGAUUAUGUGAUAUUGCCUACAUUUAUAUGCUACCUUAGAUUUUGUGAUACAUAUUGAAAUAUAUUGGAAGAAUUUUCAAUUUUCA